AUGGCGGCUUCGAAUGAGGAGGGUGAUCCAUGUUUGGAUUCAAAGAUUGAAGAAAAAGUGGACGAUUGUCCGAUUGAGCAGGUGCGGCUGACGGUGUCGACGGCCGACGACCCGUCGGAGCCGUGCAUGACGUUCCGCACGUGGGUGCUGGGCGUCAUCUCGUGCGUCCUGUUGUCGUUUUUGAACCAGUUCUUCGGGUACCGCACGAACCAGCUGUCGAUCUCGUCGGUGUGCGUCCAGAUCGUGGCGCUGCCGAUCGGGCGGUGGAUGGCCCGCACGCUGCCGGCGACGGUCGUCAGGCUGCCGUUCACCAGGUGGGGGUUCUCCCUCAACCCGGGGCCGUUCACCAUGAAGGAGCACGUGCUCAUCACCAUCCUCGCCAGCUCCGGCACCGGAACGGUCUACGCCGUCAAUAUCUUGACCAUCGUCAAGGCGUUCUACCACCGCGGACUCAACGUCAUGGCCGCCCUGCUGCUCGUUCAGACAACUCAGUUGCUAGGUUAUGGAUGGGCUGGAUUAUACCGAAAAUACUUGGUGGAUUCUCCUUAUAUGUGGUGGCCAGCGAACCUUAUUCAAGUUUCUCUUUUCAGAGCAUUGAACGAGGACGAGCGGCGGCCGAAGGGCGGCGUCUCCCGCUUCCAGUUCUUCCUCAUCGUCUCCGCCUGUAGCUUCGUCUACUACAUCAUCCCGAAUUAUCUCUUCCCCACCAUCGGCUCCCUGUCCUUCAUCUGCUGGAUCUGGAAGGACUCGAUCGUCGCCCACCAGUUCGGCUCCGGCCUAAACGGCCUCGGUCUCGGUGCCAUCGCCUUCGACUGGGCCGCCGUCACCGCCUUCCUCGGAAGCCCCAUGGCCGCCCCUCCCUUCGUCCUCUUCAACGUCCUCGCCGGUUACCUCGCCCUCAUCUACGUCCUCGUCCCCGCCGCCUACUGGCUGAACAUCUACGACGCCCGCCGCUUCACCUUCUUAACCUCCCGCCUCUUCGACGCCUCCGGCAAGCACUACGACCUCGACCGCAUCAUCGACUCCUCCACCUUCUCCCUCGACAUCCAAAAAUACAACAACUACAGCGAGAUCUACCUCAGCAUCUUCUUCGCCGUCUCCUAUGGCCUCGGCUUCGCCGCCCUCACCUCCACCAUCUCCCACGUCUUCCUCUUCGAAGGGAAAAACAUAUUCAGACUCUGGCGCCAGGCCACGGCCAAGGUCAACGAGAAGUUCCUCGACGUCCACGGCAGGAUCAUGAAGACCAACUACGACGCGGUGCCGCAGUGGUGGUUCUACCUCGUCCUCCUCCUCGUCACCGGCCUCUCCAUCUUCGCCUGCGAGGGCUUCGGCGGCGCCCUCCAGCUCCCGUACUGGGGAAUCUUCUUGGCCAUGCUCAUGGCCGUCUUCUUCACCUUGCCAGUCGGAGUCAUCUCAGCCACCACCAACACGAUGCCGGCGCUCAACAUCAUUACAGAGAUGGUGAUCGGUUACAUUCUCCCGGGGAAGCCAUUGGCCAACGUGGUGUUCAAGACCUACGGCUACAUAAGCAUGCUUCAGGCGUUGACUUUCCUGAGUGAUUUCAAGCUCGGCUACUACAUGAAGAUCCCUCCCAAGUCAAUGUUCCUCGCUCAGCUGGUGGGGACGUUGAUCGCGAACGGGGCCUACUUCGGCACGGCGUGGUGGCUGCUCACCGGCGUGCCCAACAUCUGCAACGUCGACUUGCUGCCGCCGGACUCGCCCUGGACGUGCCCCGGCGACGACGUCUUCUUCUCCGCCUCCAUCAUCUGGGGCGUCGUGGGCCCCGCCCGCAUGUUCGGGCCACGGGGGCACUACCGCGCGCUCAACAUCUUCUUCCUCGUCGGCCUCCUCGCCCCCGUCCCCGUCUACCUCCUCCACCGCCUCUACCCCGACAAGAAGUGGAUCCCGCUCAUCUCCUUCCCGGUCAUCUUCGGCGCCUGCGGAAUGAUGCCGCCGGCGCACGCCGUCAACUACAACUCCUGGUUCAUCGUCGGCUUCCUCGUCAACUACUGGGUCUUUAAGCGCUACAAGCACUGGUGGGGCCGCUACGCCUACGUCCUUUCGGCGGGCAUGGACGCCGGUACCAGCUUCAUGGCGGUGCUGGCCUUCUUCGCGCUGGGCAACUACAACAUCUACGCCGUCAACUGGUGGGGAGGUGUUGUCGACGACCACUGCCCGCUCGCCAGUUGCCCCACCGUCGCCGGCGGCUACAUCCCCGACGGUUGCCCCCAAAUCCAUUAACGGGGCUUUUUAUAUAUAAAAAAAAUCUUAAUUUAUUAAUUAGGUCC